AAGAGCUACAUGUGAAACACAGACGAAAAGCCCCGGACACCGUUUCAGAAGAGUGAGGAAAUGGAUGACUUCUCAGUCACCUCAUGAAGACUUUUCCCGACUGAAUGAGAUGGCGUUGUAGGCUCGAGGCACUGUAACAGCCAGAGGAGCUGCCAUGGACGCCCUGGCUUUCAGUGGAAUACAGCUCUCCCCAGUGAAACCCUUUGACCAAAUAGUGGAUUAUAGAGCAGUGAAACGUGAACACCUUCGAGGACGUAACAACGUGACUUCGUGUCGCAGCCCCACAAGAGAGUUUGACACAAGACAGAUAAAGAACGACCUGAAGGAAAAGAGGCAUCUUGAAUUUCUGAGGAGGAGAUCAGUGAGCCCAGAGCCGUGUGGUUUGAAUACCGCAAACUAUUCCUCGAGGAGAACUCCCUCACCAAAGACAUUUUCAAUGAAACAUCACAGUUCAAUCAUCAACUCAGAGACAUUGCAUACACGUAUUCAGAAUACUCCCACAGCAAAUGGGAAGCAUCCAAUAAUGACUUUAACACCAAACAGCAGUAAAGCUGAGGGCCCAAGCACCAGCAACUGGGCCGCAUUAUGGUCUGGCCAGGUAACACUGAUGAGGCAGGAGAAAGGCCAUGCAAGGAAGCAAGCAUCUACCUCCACACCAACGACGAAGGAAUCAAACCAGCAAAGGACGAAAAGCACAGACAAAAGAGAGAAUAGUGUUCAUGCUCAAAAGACAAGCAUGAAGAAAACCACCCUAACAGAAAAUAUUCACCAAAAAGUCACCAUCAAAAAGAUACUACAAGAGACCAGUAUGCAAACAGAGCCUGGUUAUGUCAGUAUCAAGGAGUCGGAUCUUCAGAUGUUGACUGACUACUUGGAGGAAGCCCUGUGGAGGGAGGAGGCCGUGAGGAAGAAGCUGGCCGCCCUCCAGGAGGGUACGUCAAACCUCAUGAACUCCUCGAGCAAAAUAUGGACGGCUCGCUGCAAAGAAGACCUACUGAGAAACAAGAUCAAGGCUCUAGAGGCGCAGCUGCAAGUCUGCCUGCAGAAGAUUCCCAAAGAUGGAGUGAAGAAACUGGUGGUACAGAUGGAGAAGCAGAAGCUGGUGUAUGAGGAGAGGGCUCUGAUCGCCCUGCAGCAGGUCACACAGGAGAAAACUGAGGCGCUCAGCAGGGCUGAGACAAUGCAGGAAGCACUAAUAACAGCAAAGGCAGAGGCCAUGAGGUGGCAGAGCCUUUAUGAGGAGUUAAAGCUGAGCUCUGGACAGCUCAGGGAGAACCAGCACCUCAGUAAUGAACAGCUGCAACAGCUGCACAGCCAAGUGGAGCUGUGCAGAAGCAGAGAGGCAGAGCUGAGGGAGGAGGUGGUGUCACUGAGACAAGAGAAGCAGGAGCUACAGUACAACGUCUGCCUGCUGGAAGAGGACAACCAGAUUUUAAGAGAGGAAAUACAGCAGCUCACAGAUGGCAGCAAUGAGAGCCAUGACUUCACGACGCAGGGGCGUCUGACGUCAGAGGAAGCAGAGCCACAACUGACAGCGAGGAGAGACUGUCAGGUGGAGGAGCAGCUCCGUCACACUCAGGAGAAACUCCAACUCAAAGAGAGAGAGUGCGAGGAACUGCAGACAGAGCUGCAUGCCAUGGAGCAGGAGUGUCAGUCCAGCCAGGCCAGGCUGUCGCAGUGCAGGGACGAGCUCCGGCAACUCAGCCACCGCCGCAGGACACCUGUGAGCUCUACGCCAUGUGGCUCCUGGUGGAAGGUGUGUAUGUUCGUCCUUCUCCUCCUCGCUGUGGCGGGGGUUACCAUGCUGUGGCUGUGGCAUCCUCCUUUCAGGGAGCAAGCUGAAGACCUCUACUCAGACAUAGAAACACGUAUUGAAGACUAUCUCAUGGAAAUGGCCUCUCCUCAAAACUUAGGCUGUUUUAGACCGAUAUGAUGAUGUCACUGCUCAGGAACAUUAUCAUUUGCUUCUUUUGUUUUUAAUUUUUUUCCCCCUAAGAUGUAGUUUGUUUCUAUUUUUGUAUUUCACACAGUUUUACACCUGGAACUCAAAAUGUGUGAGAAAAUGUUAUGUUGACACAGAAAAUUCACAUUUAGCUGACAUUAUUGAUAUUUUAAGGAACUGUGAGUUGAUAAUAUCAACAAAAUAGGAGAAAGACAAUAGGAAGUAUCCUUUGUACUGUAAACAGCGUAUUUAAUCAAAAGCACAACCUUGAAUCAUUAAAAAUCCAUUAAAAUAAAAACUAAACAUAACUAUUUAAUCUGCUUCUCCCAGUUUAAGAUAGAAGGGAGAGUAAGCAUGCAAUAAAUGAGCCAUUAGAGUUUUACAUAAUAAAAACUGAAUAUAACAAUUAUAAAUGUUUGUGAAGUUUUCUUGAAAAACAGCAACCUGGGUUCAAUUUGGACCCACUGCCCGUUGCUGCAUGUCGUUCUGUCUCUCUGUCCUGUUUCCUGUCCGUCUUUGGCUAUACUAUCACAUAGAAAUGCAAAAAAAAAUCCAAUAUCAAUUUUGGGGAGUUGAAAUGAAAUAAA